ACUCUAACGUUUUGGAAUUCCAAAAUGGCGGACGAGCCUCAAUAGAAUUUUUAGAACUUACAAUGCAAUUUUAUCGCUUCAUUUUUGGGCUGAUUUGUAAAUAGUAUGAAUGGGAUCGUAUGGCAGAACUGGAAGAAAGCGUAAGCGUAAAAGAGACGGUAAUUAUCAAAGGGAAUUGGGCGCAGCAGUGUUUGAACCUGGAUACAUUGAACUUCUGAAGUGGGCAAAGCGAAAUGGAAUCUCUUUCGGUAAACUGCGUCCAGCGUAUUUCCGACAGACAGGAAGAGGCUUGAUGACUUGUAGAAAGCUCUCAGAAGGUGAAUUAGUAAUAUCUGUUCCAGAGAAAAUGUUGAUUACGACAAAAACAGCGGAGAGGAGCCAGAUUUUGGAAACGUUCAUCAAAAUACAACCGAAACAUUCCCUGACAACGAUUCAGAUUUUAUGCGUUUUUAUUUUGUAUGAAAAAUUCCAGAGAGAAAGCUCUUUCUGGUACCCUUACAUUACAACAUUGCCCACAUCUUUUAACACUCCUGCUUACUUCAAGCCCGAAGAGCUUAGCACUUUGCCGUCGAGUUUACAGCAACAGUGUGUUACCCAGAUCCAAACUGUCCGUGAUUCUUAUGAAGAGCUGAAAGGAUAUCUUGAAUAUGAUACAACUAUGCUGGAUAAAACAUUUUUAGAUUUCUUGACUUUUGAUGAGUUUAGAUGGGCGUGGUUUGUAGUGAACACAAGGUCUGUAUAUAAAGCCAACAGCAUGGAUUUGUCACCAAGCAGCAAGUCGCAGAUGCAGGAUAACUAUGCCCUUGCUCCAGUUCUUGAUUUGUUGAACCAUAAUGACAUGGCAGAGGUCCAAGCUGGAUUCAACCAAGAAAGUAAACAUUAUGAAAUAAGCACUUUAACACCCUACAAGAAAGGAGCACAAGUUUUCAUUAACUAUGGACCCCAUGAUAACAGAAAACUGCUUUUAGAAUACGGCUUUAUUUUGCCACAGAACUUGCAUAAUACUGUUGCUUUCUCUGAAGAUCUUAUCUACUCAGUUGUUCUACCAGAUAUAUUUGGUAUUUCAAGAAGAAAGAGGGAAAUAAUUGCAGUUAAUGACCUACACAAGGACUUGUGUUGUUCUGAGGGAAGUGGUUUGUCAUGGAAUCUACUUGUCUUGUUGAGAAUUCUUGCAAUGAAGGAGGACCACCUCAAAAGACAUUGGCAAAGAGUCUUGACUGGUGAAUUUCUUGGAGAGGAUGUUGAAAAUAGAGUUUUGCAGUGGAGGCAAUGCUUAAUUGAAAAGGUUCUAGUAUGUAAUGAGUUAGAUGAAAAAGAUAUUGCUAAAUGCUUGAGUUCAGAUACCCAACAAUCUGAAAAUGUGAAGUUGGCUUUGAGCUUAAGAAACCAAGAGAAACAGAUCCUGCAAAAUGCCUUGGACAUGAUAAAGAUUCCUGGAUGAAAGUCUAUGGAAAAAAGGAAUGGGUAGCCACACAAUUUGAUGUUCUGAAUUUUAUUCUUAAAGCACUACUUAAUAAUUAACAAUUAUUUGCCAGAGGCGAGGUGAAUAUCGUCGAAUAAUCCCCGAGACGAAGUCGAGGG